AUGUCGUGCGAAACAAAACCCGGUCCCUCUUUUAGUUUGGAGAUUCUUCUGGAUCUGGUGGAAGACUACCCUCUAUUAUACGAUAAACGGCAUCCGGACUACAAGAACAAAACACUAAUAUCAAGCAUCUGGAAAAUAAUUGGAUCGGAAUUCUGCAUGGAAGGUCACGUAGCGGAAAGUAAAUUAAAAAAUGCGAGGGACAAGUACACCAGAAUCCAAGUUGAUGCUCGGAACAGACGGCGGAGCGGUGCAGGAGCCAGCGAAGUUCCAAAAGUGAGGUGGGCCUACUUCGCUCGAAUGCGGGCUCUGCUCGACAGCAGGAAUGGGAAAGCACGUUUGGACGAACGUCACGACGGCAAGCCCCACAACACCAAGUCCUCCGUGAGUGCUGUGAAAUUGGUGCUCUUUGUUUAA